UUCUGCAAACUACAUCCCUCUUUCUCUGUAUCUAUCUUUUGCAUUCUCUCCUCCCUCCCCCGAGAAAACGGAACUGCGGGGAUUUUCCAUGACUGCGCCAAUAUUUUCCGUCACUUUCUUGAAAAAGUUUCGAUACUGUCUCCUCUUUCCCUUCCCUUCUCAUCCGCUGAUUCCUCACUUUUCUGAUUCUUCCGCGGUAGAUUUUGAUGAGCCCAAGAGUUAGUUAGGUUUGCGAGAGCAUCGCGAUUUUGGUAGAUAGAGAGAAGAGAUUCUUCUUUAGGUUUUUUUUUUUUGCCGCGUUUUACUUAUGGGAUUGGAGAUGGGGAGAGUCGAUCGAGACGACGAUCGGACGUUCAAGGUGAACUUCAGCGCGGACGGAGUGGCGAAGCUCAGGGAGAGUGUGAAGGAGAAACUCAAGGAAUUCAUGGGGGAUUCCACUGAUGACACUCUUGUGGAAUAUGUUAUUGUGUUAUUGAGGAAUGGUAGGCGCAAAGAACAAGCAAGGAAUGAAUUGAAUGUUUUUUUGGGGGAUGACAGUGAUUCUUUUGUAUCCUGGCUGUGGGAUCAUCUAGAUUUGAAUUUAGUUUUAUAUGUACAACCUGAAGAAUCGCAGGGUGAAACUCCUAAAAGAAAGCUUAUAUCAGAGGGCCAAACUGGGGGCGAUGGUUUUCAGCAUUUGAAUUCACAGUCAGGAAGAAGAAAAUCUAACAAGUUAUCUAGAAAUCGGCAUAACAAAUAUUGGAAAGGAUUGGUGAAGGGAGAAGAUGAACCAACUCCCAUUCGAAGCUCCGAGAUUGACAAUGUUCAUUUGGAGGAAAAAACCCGACCUCAAGUCAAUUGUGGACCAAGGUCACUAUCUCCUAAACCUCCAGUUCAGAGGAAAAGGGGCCGAGCUGAUGACCACCAAAGGACAAAGAGGGAUGUUGUCUCACAAGUAAAUAUUGCUGCUCCUCGAAGGCUGCUUCAAUUUGCAAUGCGAGAUGCAGUGGCUACUUCAAAGAAAAACAAGUCGGGCAUGUCAGCGGAGCCUUCCUUGAAACGUCUUCGUUCUGUAGUUUCUACAUCCUCCAGCGUUUCAUCUUUGGUUGAACGUCCGCAGCGGAUGCAGCCUGCUUGCAUGGUGCCAAAUCAAAUGGCUACAGUGAUUAAGGCUGUGGCUGAAGCUGCUGAAGAUGUGAUAAAAUCCAAAUCUUCAGUAAGUGUCUUUGAUAGGCUCAGUUGUGGUAUGAAUCCAUCAUAUGAUAACAACCAACUUGGAGAUAAUUAUCAACAUCAGGAGCAAAACCAAUCUUUGUAUCUUCAAAAAACUGAUUACAAUGGGCAGUAUGCUGCAAAUACAACUAUGGUGGAACAUGAAACUGGUUUUGCUUCGGAUUCUACUUCAGAUAAUGAAGAGUUUGAUGAUAUAAACGUCAUGGGUCGUGGGGCGACUGGAGCUUCUCAUAUCAGCUCCUGUGUUGAAAACAGGGGCAAUGACUCACUAAUGGUGCAGUAUAGUGAGGCCAGAAAUGCUGAUGAUAGUUUGCAUCUAAAACGGAAUAGAGAACAGGAGCAACCUACUGCUGGAGUUAACACUUCUCAUAAAGUACUGAAUAUUUCUGUUAAUGUAAAUACUUGGAAGCCGCCACAAUAUCCGGAACCAAGAGAGGUUGCUGAAGUAGGUCUUCAUAAAACUUUACACUAUGAAAAAGGAGCUCCCAGAUCUAGCUUGCAACCACUUAAGGAGAAUGCAAACAAUCUGAAAAUUAGUAUUGGGAAUGCAAAUCAUGUCCCUGAUGUUCAGAAAGAGUCUAGCAAGGCACAGUUUUCUACUUCUGGUUCUAGUGCUGCUGGUCGUCCUACAGAAGAUGUUGAUUCCAGAACCAUUUUUAUUAGCAAUGUUCAUUUUGCUGCUAGCAAAGAUGGUCUGUCUCGACAUUUUAAUACAUUUGGGGAAGUGUUAAAAGUGAUUAUAGUUACUGAUGCGCCAACUGGGCAACCAAAAGGGGCAGCUUAUGUUGAGUUCAUACGAAAAGAAGCAGCAGAUAAUGCCUUAUCUCUGGAUGGCACUUCUUUCAUGUCACGGAUUCUCAAGGUUGUUAAGAAAAGUGAUGUACAUCAAGGAUCAGCCCCAACCAUAGCCAGGCCACGCAUUGUUAGGGGAUCUACAUUUCCUUCUGCUAGGUUUUCCAGACUUCCCUUUGCAAGAGGUAUUCCAGGUGCAUUUAGAACCCGGCCCACUAUUAAAUUGGGUGCAAGGAGCUUACAAUGGAAGCGGGAUGCUCAGGUUAGUCCAUCUUUGAAACCCGGCAGUAUUGCUGCUCCUGCAGCUCGUGGUCUCACCUAUGUCAGAACAGAAUCUACUAAGCCAGAAGGCAGCUUGGGUGCGAUGUAGUCCAAUUCUUAAGAAUCACAGUGUCUUCAUUUCCGAUGGCAUAAAAAUUGGUAAAUAUAUAUUUUACUGUAAUGAGACGGCUGAUGUUUUCGAAUUUUCUUCAGUACAUGGAGGUGGAAAUUUUAAUAUCUAGAUGUUUUAGUAGGUAGUAGAUGAGGUUUAUAAUGUCUUUUUUCUGUCUCUGGUUGUUGAAGCUACGGACGGGGACGACGUCGAUUUUAUUGGAAUGAAGAUGAGAAGAAUGUAAUGGAAAUAUCCGGGGAUUGUCCGUACAGUUGAAAUGUGUGGUUGGGGUGGACCCUGGAUAGUCUUUAUCCACUUUUUGAAAGGAAGUGUUACCGGUGAAAGAAUAAUGAUAAAAAAGAGAGAUAAAAGUUGAGUUUCAUUUAUUUCAUUGUUUCAUAUAGUUAAAUAUUUUAUAUUCUGUGAUGUUACAAUCGUGUACUGGAAGUUGAUGAUACUUUGUUAUUCUAUUCCCUAUAAUCUUAGAAUAUUUUUCGCGGUGAAUCAGUAGUUAAGCUCCAUGUCUUGGUAACUUGAUCUAUUCGUUUUCCAGUGGAAAAGCGCUCAGGUAAUUAGCCAAUAAUAUAAUAAUAAUUAGCCAAUGUGUAAGGUAAAACGAUUAUAAAUUUAUAAAUUUGUAGCUUUGGGAUUUUUCAGUUUUCGUAUCUACAUUAUGGCUGGUAAACGUUCAAUACCACAAUCGGGUCAUCUAGAAAACAAAGCUAAUAACAAUGGGUCAUUUAGAAAAUAAAGCUGAUAACAAUCCAAAUGAGAGUUCAAUAAGAAAUGAAUGAGAUUCCACAACGUUGAGGUUCAUGGUUGCUUUACUUAUCAGCUUAAGGAUUUUGAUAUUGAGUAUCAAUGCCUUCAGAGGAGAUGUGUAUCACUGUUUAGGAGGAAGAACUUUGUGAGGAAGAAGGGAAGACUUCUACAGUGAAUAUCUUAGGAUCAAAUCUUCUCCUGGAGGUAUCAAAGUUUUGUGGCCUUGUGAUGAAGAGAUUGCAUUUGGUGCCGAUAAUAGGAUUGUUCACUCUAGGGGCGGUGAUGGAGGUUCAAGUGAUGCUCCUUAGAUUUAAUUCUGUCGAUUUCCUUAUUUUUCUUUUACCUAUGGGUUGGAAUGCCAACCUAGAUUGAUGUAUUAAAAACAAUUUGUUUCUAUUUUUAAUGCACUUUCAUUUUUCUUCUCAAUUUACUUUUGUGAUUAGUGCGCUUUCUAUUUUUGUUUCUAUUUCGACUAUUUUAAUUUUUUUUCCUUUUCUGCUGGCUUGUUUUCUUUAGUUUUUAUCUAUAUGAAUUGAGCCUCUGGUUUGUUUGUUCUGUCAUGUUGGGGUAGAACUCUGCCCUUCCUAAUCUUGUAGCUGGGAGAUGGGACUUUUGUCUGCCUAGUCCCAUAAUUCGGGGAUAGGACUUUUACCUUCCUAGACUCGGAUUUACGAGAUAGAAUUUUUGUUUGCGUAGUCCUGGAAUGGGGGGAUACGUCUGUUGUCUCCCUAGUCUUAGAUUUACAAGAUAGGACUUUUGUCUUCCUAGUCCGGAAUGGCGGGAUAGGACUUUUGUCAUUUGUUGGAAUUAAAGGCAUACUGGAGUAGUAUAUAUUCCUCUUCAUUCAUUGCUUUAACGAUUACAACGACACAAACAACUUAAGCUAACUAUAGUACUUCUUCAACUUGAUGGCGUUCCACAUUCUGGGGAUGGGGGAUUGAUCGAAGUGCUGAAGUGUGUGCUCCAUGACCAGUUUUUCCAAUGAUAAGAAAAGGUCCUUCCUAGUUGGGUGCUAGCUUUCCUUGUUUGUGAUGCAUUUUUGUGUCUUAUAUUAUCUCUUUGCAGAACCAAGUCUCCUACUUCAAAGCUCUUACAAAUGACUUUCUUGUUGUAUCUAGCUGCAACUCUUUGUUUUCAUGCUAUGUUGAUGAUAUUGUUCAUUUCUCUUA